AUGGUUGUCCGGUGGAGGACCACCGUCACCACAGUUCCUCUAAUAGUCCGCACGGUCCUGUGCGGCAGCUGCGUGAAGGCUCGGCACGGCUUCACGCGUGCCGUGAGUGCGUCCACUCACUUUGGCUCUCGGCGACCCACUGCCGAGGGACUGCUCAGGGAAGGUGGGAUGUCCUGGCGUACGUAUGCGUAUGAGGGAGGAGGUUCUUCCCUCCAUAAUCAUUACGCCAUUUCCUGCGGGGCACGAGGAGGACUCCACAAGAUUGACCCUGCUAGACCAAGGUCUGCCAAGGUUAACUUGCCAACCUCCCCUCAUGUCUUCCCUUUCUUCGUCGGCUCAUUCAUCUCAUGCACUUCAUCCUCCAUCCAGGCUCGGUUGCCUAUUGGCGCACAGACCGUGGACGUUCAUCCUCGCCUCUGUCAUCCUUUCGUCGUGCCUCAUUUCGGGGAUCGUUCACUGGCGAGAGGAGGAAGGAGGAACCGUGAACGCCUGGUUCGCCCGGGGACUCCUCCCUAUCGAACUGAUCAGUGGAUCAAGAAAAACUUCCCGAACGGAGUUCGGUACGAAACAAUUAUCCUUUCUGGGCCUAAUAUCCUCACUCCGGAAUACUUCAAAUAUAUGGGGACCCUGGACAAGAAAAUUCGAUCCUUGGUAUCCAAUGGAUAUGCCUGGGAGGACGUCUGUGCGAGGCCAGAGGAAUUCUUAGUGGGACACAAAAAGGUGGAAAGAAGGCGAAGAGAUACCGAAGCUCAAAGUCUUUGGCAUGCAGAGGACCGACGACUCGACCCAGUCCAUGGGGAAAAUAGCACUCUUGACGAUGUAGUGCCGACUACAGAAUCAACAAGCAGCCAAUCACAAAAGACAGCAACAGAAAUGAGCAGUGAUUCUACUGCUACCAUGGAACCGGAAACGUCACUACUACCAAUAUUGAUAUCAUCCUUCACAGCAGAGAAUCUUGAAACAACGAAAGAAAAUGAAACGACGACGACACCUACAACAGAGAAAACAGCAAGGAUCAGUCAAGCCGGAGUUAAUCGAGAAGUCGAUUCCAAAGAACUCUUGCAGCACAACGAUUACAAUAACGGCUGGAAGGAGGAUUCGGACGCAUCGGAGGUCUUCGGAGGCGAGGAGGAAGAAAUAACUCUGUACGAUGGUAGUUGCAUCUAUUCCAGCACCCUUCAACUGUGGGCGGAGGAUUUCGACUUCAGCACUAUCACAACGGCGGAGAUCCAGGACAAAGUCACUCGAGCCCUCGACGACAAGUCACGGAAUGACGUGAAGGGGAUGUUGUCUGGGGUGGAGAGAGACGAAAGCGGAAGAGUCGUGGGUGCAGCGGCCGUCAUGUUCGUCUACAUCCUCAAGGACCGGGCGAAUGCCACCAACAUAAAGGGUCAACCGACCUAUCAGGGCAAUCCGGCCCGUCGCAAAGCAAAUGAAUGUAACAGCCAAGAAAGCUUAGUACACAUGAACCGAAUAUGCCAGACGCGAACGGGGACACAGGGGACAGGGACAAUACCCGAGCCGGGCAAGUUUACCGCCUAG